CUUGUGUAUGAAGCGUAUGAAGUAGUGCAAAACAAGCACAUGUGAGAGCUGCAUGGUGAGAAACGCACAAUUACUUCAAACACACUUCUCUGUCGACCUCGACUUCGGGCGUUGAGUAUGAGUGACCCGGGACACUAUCCUCCGCCGGACUUCGGCUGCCCCCCUCCGAGCUCUAUCCAGCCCUUCCAGUACCAACAGCAGCCGCACUCCAGCGGUUUCCACCCCAGCAUGUGGAGCUGGGGCGAGACGCACUCCGAGUCCAGCUGGGACCACAGGGGCCAGGCGGGAUGGCAUCACGGUCCAGCGGCAGGGUUUGGUUUCCCAUCAGGCCGUGGAAGCUAUGAACCUAAACGUCCAUACGGUCAAAACUAUGGUCGUGAAUGGCAUCAAGGAGGACAUCGAGGCGGAAGACAGAAUUAUGGGCCCCCCAACAAUCAUGGGAAAAAGCAGAAAAAUAAGAAGGAACCAGAGUAUUCCCACUUUUGUGACACAUGUGACCGAGGCUUCAAAAACCAGGACAAAUACGACGAACACAUUUCUCAACAUGUCGAGUGUUCUGUGCCCGACUGCACCUUCAUGGCUCAUGAAAAAAUAGUCAGCAUCCACUGGAAAAAUAACCACGCACCAGGAGCUAAAAGAAUCAAGCUGGACACACCAGAAGAGAUUACAAAAUGGAGAGAGGAGAGGCGCAAAAACUACCCAACACUUCAGAAUAUGGAAAGGAAGCAAAAAGUGAUGGCAGUACGGGAGGAGACAGGAGCUGUUCUAGAGACAGCUCAGUUUGGACGAAUGAGAGGCAGAGGACGAGGUCGUGGCUGGGGUAACAGAGGGUUUCGUGGGCGACACCAGCGAGGCCCUCACCCAUCAGACAGCAACGCUACAGGGAGACCACCAUUCCUCACCCAGCCCUGCAGUGACGGGGAUCCACUGGGAGCGCUGGCCAGCAGUGACCAUGAUUCUGACAGAGAGGACCCGGCUGCUGAGUCUGGGGCUAGUGGUCUGGUUGUGGCUCCCAAACAGAUGAGCUCAGCUCUGGGCUCCCUGGUGGCUAAUUACGGCUCCAUGAGCGAGAGUGAAAGUGAUGAGGGACCAGAGUCCACCCCCAUUCAGAGAGCCAAAGACCUUUUGCGGGAAAACCAGGCUCUCCUAAACACAAUACCAGCAAACUCCCAGGACAGAAGACCCUCUGGGGGCUGGGGAACCUCUUCACAGGGUACAGAGACUCACAAAGGGCCCCAGCCUGACUGUGCCCUUCAGACACCUCACAGCAGAAGAGGAAGAGGGAGAAGAGGCAGGGGUGGUAGAGGAGGACACCAAGAUACACCGCAGACACGCCGUCCCACUCUACUUGAGAUGUUACUGGCCCCAGACGUCCGCCACGAGAGGAAUGUCCUCCUGCAGUGUGUGCGCUUUGUUGUCCGAAACAACUUCUUCGGCCUGGGAACAGACCUCAGGAGGG